AGGUCGGGCGUCUAGGCACAGAAGAGAGUCGUCUAGGUGGCCGAUGGGGACUUGUUGGUCGCCGGACAGAUAACGGGGACCGUUUGCUGCAACUGUGCACAGACCACAACCUGUUUCUGGCCAGCACUAACUUCCGGCACAGUCAUCGCCGGUGUGCCACCUGGCGUCCUCCCUCUGCAUCUCAAGCCUGGACUCAGAUUGAUCACAUCGCGAUCAGCUACCGCUGGCGUGGUUGUGUACAAGACUGCCGCUCCUUUUGGAGUACCUAUCUGGAGUCUGAUCAUGCCCUGGUCUGCGCCAAUCUCACCUUACUUUUCAGUGGCCGAAGGAUUGACCACCACCAACGGAUUGAUAUUAGUAAACUGGCUGCAACUUCUGUUGCAAGUAAGUAUCGAGCGGAGCUAGCCUCUAGGCUAGCUACCACCCCACCGAAAAGUAUAGAUGAGCAUUGGUUGCAUCUUCACGACGCCAUGAAAAUGGCCAGUAAAGCCGCUUGCGGCUUCGAGAAACGUCCCGCUUACAAGCACUGGGUUUCUUCUGGCUCCUUACAACUGAUCGAAGCCCGUCGGUCUACUCCGGGUGACCGUGAGUUUGACCACAAACGAAGGCUGUUACGUAAUGAAAUCGGGCAAAGCUUGUGUAAGGACCGGGAAGCCUGGUGGUCGGAGCGUGCUAAUGAGAUGGAAGCAGCAGCUGCAUCUGGUAACUGCCGGAAGCUCUUCCAACUCAUCCGAGCCACUGGCAGCAAGAAGUCUGGUGUGAGUGAAACAAUCUACGAGGAUGGCGGGAUGCCAAUCACUAACAUCUGUCGACGUCUUGGACGAUGGGCGGAAUUUUUCGAAGGGCAGUUCAACUGGCCUGCUGCUCCGGCAACAUCAACCAGCUUGUCCUGCUCCCCAUGGCCGGUGACGACUGAUCCACCAAACGAGGCGGAAGUCCACAAGGAACUCCAACUCUUGAAACGUUAUAAAUCACCUGGCCCAGAUGACUUACCUCCGGCUCUUUUUAAAGAUGGUGGUGACUUUCUGGCUAAGGAACUGACGGUGUUGUUUGGAAAGGUUUGGGAGCAAGAAAGUGUUCCAACAUCUUGGAAUGAGUCAAUAGUCGUCCCUAUCUUUAAAAAGGGUUCACGUUGUUCCUGCAAUAACUACCGGGGGAUAAGUCUACUUUCGAUCGCGUCCAAACUAUUGGCUUCUAUCAUUCUUCGUAGGUUGUUUAAAACCCGAGAACGAUUGACUCGCGAGGAGCAGGCUGGUUUUCGUUCUGGUCGAGGAUGCAUUGAUCACAUCUUCACCCUCCGCCAAAUGUUAGAACACCGUCAUACUUAUCGCAGGCCAACAAUCGUAGUGUUUCUUGAUAUCAGGGCGGCCUUCGAUUCGUUGGACAGGACUGUUCUCUGGGAUUGUCUAUUGAAGAAGGGUGUGCCUGAGAAGUUCAUUAACAUCUUAAAGGCCCUGUACACGAACACCUCAGGCAGAGUGAGGGCAUACAACCACCUUUCUCCCUUGUUCCAUUCGAGCAGUGGGGUUAGGCAGGGUUGCCCGAUCUCACCAUUCCUCUUCAACUUUGCCAUCGACGACAUCCUAGAAACAGCUCUGAUGGAUGUAAGUAAUGGCGGUGUGGAUAUGUUGCCUGGAGAACGACUUCUCGACCUUGAGUAUGCGGAUGAUAUUGUCUUACUGUGCGAUAAUGCCCAAGGCAUGCAAUCCGCACUUAAUCAGUUGGCAAUCAGUGUCCGCAGGUACGGCAUGUGCUUUGCACCCUCCAAGUGCAAAGUACUUCUACAAGACUGGCAGGAUUCUCAUCCUGUACUCACCCUGGAUGGUGAGGAGAUCGAAGUAGUUGAGAAGUUCGUGUAUCUAGGUAGCUAUAUAAGUGCUGGUGGUGGCGUGAGUGAUGAGAUUGAUGCACGUAUAAUGAAAGCCAGAGCGGCUUAUGCCAAUCUGGGCCAUCUUUGGCGCUUUCGUGAUGUUAGUCUGGCUGUAAAAGGUCGGAUCUACAACGCGUCGGUGAGAGCAGUUUUGCUCUAUGCUUGUGAAACCUGGCCUCUCCGAGUUGAGGAUGUUAGACGUCUCUCUGUGUUCGAUCAUCGUUGUCUCCGAAGGAUUGCUGACAUCCAGUGGCAACACCAUGUUAGUAAUGCAGAGGUUCGGCAUCGUGUGUUCGGGCGCAGAGACGAUAAUUCAAUUGGUGUCACCAUCUUGAAACACCGACUUCGGUGGAUUGGACAUGUUUUACGAAUGUCGUCCCAGAGACUUCCACGUCGUGCAUUAUUUGCCGACCCUGGGACUGGUUGGAGAAAGCGGAGAGGAGGUCAGUGUAUGACAUGGUGUCGUGGCAUGAAAGAGAGCUGCAAAGGGCUAGCUUCCGUUGGUCCUUCACGACUCCCUGGUUGGGGUCCGAGAGAUAGUGCAACACAGUGGCUAGAGACGUUAUCGGAUAUGGCUCAGAAUCGAAGCCAGUGGCGAUCCUGCUGCAACCUUCUUUUACUUUCUACAUAAAGAAUGGUUCUAACUUUCCUAACUGAAAGAAUCUUCUGGUUGUACAUUUCAGCCCGCCUUAUCUUUUCAUCCUUUAUCUACCUACUUUCAUUAUUUUGUGUGGCGCAUAUGUACCUGGUGCCCUUUUGUACCAAUAUAUAUGUGUUUAAAUAAAUAAAUAAAUAAAUGUUUUCUCUGUUUAGCAACAAAAAGGGUUUGAAUCAUAUUGUUUCGGAACUAUUUCAUCUAAUGGUGUUUUCCACACCUAUUUUUUUCAAAAAACUGCUCAAGUUUCGUAGCCUACGGUAAUAUUAUAUUUUACGUUGAAGUACCACUGACGUACAUAGCUUCAUUGCUCGUUUCAUCAACGUUACUUACACAAAUGAUAGUGUUUUAUCACUUUUUGAAUGAUUAUUUGUCUCUUCAUGCUUUUAUUCUCUAAGGCACACCAAUCUAAUCGUGUAUGCAACGCGUUGGCUCUUCUGCAAUGUUUAGCUUCCCAUCCGGAAACCAGAAAUGAAUUUUUGAAAGCUAAUAUACCUCUUUAUUUAUACACAUUUUUGAAUACAAAUAAUCGAACACGCCCAUUUGAAUAUCUAAGGUUAACAAGCCUAGGGGUGAUUGGUGCACUUGUUAAGACGGACGAACCAGAAGUUAUAGCCUUCUUACUUGGUUCAGAAAUUAUACCUCUUUGUUUAGUAAUUAUGGAAUCAGGAAGUGAACUGAGCAAAACUGUGAGUUUUAGACCUUUCAGUUUAUUCGAGUACUUAUUUUCACAUAAGUUAGGGAAAUGUGGUAUUGAGUUAUAAUUUAUCGAGUCAAGGAUUUGAAUUGGCUUGGUUUUUUUAAAAUCUGUGCGGCUGAAUAUUAUCUUGAGUUUCAAAGAAACUGAACUUGCUUCAAGUUUAAUCCACUCUUUCUGGAUAGUCUAAAAAUUUAUUCGAUGAAAUUAUAAAACCAUUUGUCGUCAAAUCGGAGUUAAAUCUUCUGGGUCUAUGUUUAUUCAUGAUUUUACAAUAAAGAAUAAUCAUUUAAAAUUCACAUUUUGUUUACUUUUUCGUAACCAUUCAUGUCUUGCGUAGUCUGAGACUACUUAUCUUAUUUUGUGAGAGGAAUCACAACAUUAUGUUUGAUAACAUGUAUGAGGUCCUUAUGUUAAAAAGUUAAUUGGACGAUUAAACUUUCCCUGUGUUGUUUACUAAGCUUGACCUGAACUUUAUUCCUUGGUUAAAAAUAUUAAACUAUAGCUUGGCUUUUAAAGAUCAAAAAUUUGGUGUUUUUACCUUUUAGUUAGAUUUUUCACCCAAUCAAGAAUUAAUUAAUUACAGUUUAGUAAAUUUGAUUUAUCUGUUUUUACGUUACAUUCGCAAGAAUAAGUUGGUUAACUAACACUUUUGUAGUAUAACUAUAUUAUUAUCAUACUCAUUUUAAUCAAGGUAGCUACUUUCAUCAUGCAGAAACUGUUGUUGGAUGAAGUAGGCCUAGCGUAUAUCUGUCAAACCUAUGAACGAUUUGCACAUGUAGCCACUGUUUUGGAUAAAAUGGUGAUCCAUUUGGCGAGGGAGCAGUCGUUACGUCUUUUAAAACAUGUAAUACGAUGUUACUUACGUCUUUCAGAUGACUCACGAGCUCGUGAUGCUCUUCGAACAUGUUUGCCGCAACAGCUUGUAGACGGCACAUUCAGUAGCUUGUUAGAGAAUGAUGUCGCUACUAGACGUUGGCUUACACAAUUAAUUCGCCAGUUAUCUGUUCGUGCCGUUGGUUCUGCGGCUACGUCUAGCACUCCUUCUUCUAGUGUUAGCUCGGUUGAUGUCAAUACACUGAACACUACAAAUGCCAUUCGAACUGCUCUUAAAACCAGUACAAUUGCUUCUUCAGUAGUAACCACAGUAUCUACUGUAAGUUCUUCUGGACCGUCAGUUUCAAACGUUACAGGUGCACCGAGUAGUACAUCAGGUGCCCAAGUGUCUACAUCUUGUCCUGUGUCUUCCAGCUCGGUUUUAGAUCCUGCAGCAUCUUCAAGUAGCUGAAAUACCGUCAUACUAACCUACUUUUUAGGAAGCCUUGCAUAUUCUAUUUGAGAUAUGCUUGGUUUUAUUAUAUGUACAUAAUUAUUUCUGAUUUUCCUCCAAUCAAAACCUUUUUAUACCUUCCUUGGUUUAAUCAGAUGCAGUGUUUAACUUUUGUUCGGAAAGUGGUUAGUCACUCAAAAAAACGCUUUCUGGGAUCUUAACAAAUUUUUUUAUUUUAUGUGUGGACAUUUCGCAAGUGGCAUUUUCGUGCUUUCUUGCUCUGAUAUAUUUAUGGGCGUCAUUUACAUGUUUCAUUUUUCCGUGUAAAUCGCAUAUGAGCCGUAAAAACAAUUUAACAUGCAACAAUCUUACUUC